AUGAACAAUUUGAUUGGCAAUGGACGCUGGGAUUAUGUUUUGGUAUAUUUGGACGAUAUCGUGAUAUUUUCUAAAAGCCGUGACGAUCACUUAAAACAUAUCUCCGAAAUUCUCUCAAUUCUUCAUGAAGCUAAUUUUCAACUAAAUCCUGACAAAUGUACCAUCAUGACUACAAAAUUAGAGUUUCUCGGACAUACCAUCACUGAACAACAAAUAACACCAUCUCAAGAUCGUAUACAAGCAAUCUUGAACAUAGAAGAACCAAGGACGUUAAAACAAGCAAACAGAUUUAUUGGAAAAAUGAAUUGGUAUCGGAAGUUUAUACCACAUUUUGCCGACAUGGCGGCUCCAAUUCACCGCGUAACAAAUAAAACUAAGAACAAACGACGUGAAUUUUAUUGGGGACCAGAACAAACAACAGCCUUUCAUCACCUUAAACGAAUCCUCGUUACUCAACCAUGA